AUGGCCACUUCACCUGAAGUACUCACGUUGUUUGAGAAUUUAAACAAGCGCCAUUUAGAAUUAGAAAAUAAUGUUACCCGUUUGAAAAAUGUAAUAGUCUUACCUAUUCAACAAGGGCUUGCCGCAGAGAUUAGAGAAGGGGUAAAGGAAUUUGGAAAGUGGAUAGAAGUGGGAAUUAGUUUUAUCAUUCCAUUGACUUCGAUAAUCUUUGAAUUACGGAGAAAUGAAGACCAAUUUAAGCAAUUACAAUCAUCAAUUCGUAGAGCUAUUUUAGCUUCUAAACAGAAUAUAGAAAAAGAGGCUAAAAUAGAACGCGAAAUGUUGUUGGGUCGUGGCGAUGGUCGUAAUUUAGAAGCAUUUGAAAUGAGAAGGCGUAAUUUAAGUUCUGAAGAUGCUAUUUUACAUUCUGCAAGCGAUGUUACAGAAUCAUUGCGUCGAACGACGCAAUUGAUGCAACAAGAGAUCGAACGAAGUGCUUAUUCAGCAAAAGUACUUGACGAAUCAUCUCGUACGUUAAAGACAACUUUUAAUGAAUACAGAGGUUUUUCUUCAGUAGUACGCAGCUCAAAACAACUAAUCACAAAAUUGGAACAAAAGUGUGGAAUACAGGAUUUGGGUGGAUAUCUUGGUUCGCUUCGUGGUUUAUAUAAGGACAAUUCUCUCAAUAAUUACAAGAACUUUAUAAAUUAA